ACUAGAUAGACCACCAGAAAUGGACGUAAGACUUCCAGCAGGUAGAUAUCGAGAGAAAACUCAUUACAAGCCUUAUCCUUGGCCCCAUAAUCGACCCGAGACACACAGACACAGUUCUGUGUCAAUGGGUGAUUCACAUGAUGAUCAGUACCCACCUUAUUACACUUUUAGAAAAACUGUUCAUCAUAUCGAUCCUCCUAGUGCACAGAUGAGGUAUAACUACCCGUAUGAUGACAGAGUAAGUUCAUCACCCGGAGAUCCAGAUGGUUAUCACAAAAGCGACAGAUGGCAAGAGCCUGACCCAUACAGCCAAGACUGGCAUGACUGGCAAGAUUGGUAUGGUGAGCCAGAAGAGUGGUAUGCAGAAAAGCCAAGAGCUCCAACCUAUCAGCCUUAUCUACAAAAUGGACAUAGAUUACCUUAUGACAGAAGGUACUUACAUAGACGCAGAACAAAUGAAGCAAAAAAUCACUCAGAUUUAAAAAAAAGUGAAAUUAGCUAGGUCUAGGUCAAGAAG